UAUACACACACACAAGCAUGGUCGUAGUGUGUUCUACAUGAACGUAUACCCUCAGCCACCUGCUACUGGUAAUACCGCAUACACACACCGAGAAUAGAUGCCUCCUUCGAAAUCUCCUCCCUCCGAGAUCGUGCGUGUAUAGCCAAGCUCAGUGGUAGCGAAAAUACCGAACCUCAAAGAGCAAAAGCGAUGUAGAUCUACCAUUAUUUGAGAAGACAAAUAGAUCUGGACAGCUAAUCACAGAUUUAGACCAACAUUUAAGUUAUCUUCGUCUGAUAUUGGAACCCCUUUAUGUGGGAGAAUUCAGUGUUAAAUGAGGGGAAUCUUCGACUAGUAUCGAUGCAAAAAUGAUUGGAUUCACCACAGAGCGUAGGGCCGGGUGAUAGCGAGCGCAACUCAAUUGCAGCUAGAGCCCCUCGCACCGGUAUAAAACGGGACUGCAGCCAUGUCUCUGCUAUGUGUAUGCGUCAAAGCUGCAUACUUGGAUGGACCCCCAGAAAAAUUCAAUUCUUACGUGACACUGAAGCUUCAGAAUGUGAAGUCUACGACUGUAGCAGUGAAGGGAAAUCACCCUCUGUGGGAGCAAGAUUUCAUGUUCGAGACUAAUCAACUAAAUGUUGGAUUGGUCGUUGAGCUAUGGACCAAAGGAUUAAUCUGGGAUACCCUAUUGGGUACUGCUCUGGUACCCCUCCGAGGGAUUAAACAAUCCAGUGAGGUAAGCCAAAUCUUCAAUGUCAUCAUCAUAAUCACUAUCAUUAUGAUCAUUAAUUCAUUUUCAUCAAUAGAAAUGGAACUGACUAACGAGGGAUCUACUGAUAUGCACAAGGGUAAUACUAAAAUCAGUGACCUUGCAGUAAAUGAUAUGGGUACCAAAAGUAGGAGAAAAUAGAUCGUUUGAAAUGAAUUGCCCUUUGAAUAAAGAAGAAGUAUUCAUAAUCGUUUCAGAUAACAGAAACGUCUCAAUGCCUAGACCCAUCACCAAAGAUUACCGGAACUUCUGAUCGUUCUCAAUGGAUCAUGACAUGCACUUGUAAAUUUGCCAAACUUGAUUUUCAAAGAAGGGAUUUUCCCUUGACUGUGCUUCAAGUUGGAUUGAUAAUUGCUAAAAUAUUGCUUUACAUAUGUCCGGCUCACCCUUGAUAUGUCUUGAGCAGCAGCUAAAACACUUUUUAAACAUGCAAGCUCAUUUCGGCGGUUACUAAUCAAUAUUUGCUCAUCGGGCAGUUUUGGAUAUAUCAAUACCUUGAGAACAGAACUUUUUUUUGAUAUCAUGGAUAGUAUGAAGUUAAGACACUAUAGUGUAUCAUCUUGGUGGAAAACUCUCCAUCCUUUGUGAAGUUAUUAAUCAACAUUUGUCACACUCAACCCAGAUGAGAUAACCUAACAUUACUCCUAGAAAUACUAUUCUGAAGUAUUUGUUACAAAGUGGCAGGUAUCGCUGAUUUAACCCUUUGUGAAAGCUAGGACAUCUCUGCAAGAAGCCAUUACGUUGAAUAUUGUAAGCCUUCCAAUUGUUUUCCUGCAUAACCAUAGGAACCCAAAUUAUUUUAUUUCAGCAUUUA